UGCAACAGUGGAGGAGCCGGAGACGGGCGCGAGCCGCAAGAGAGAAAAAGGGGAGGAGCCUGGGUGGACUGAGCGCGCCGUGUCAGGCUCGUGAGGGGCCGGUGGUGGGGGCCGGUCAGCGAGCUCACCGGUUGUCAUAGUAACGGAGUUAAGUGGUUGCGCGGGCCGUCGGUCCAGCCUGGACCGUUACGCCCCGAGGUACCUACUACUUUCUCGGUUAAAGAAAAUUACAAGGUGGCCUACAGGGAAGAAGUCAUCUCUCUGACACAGUGGUGUCAAGAAAACAACUUCUCCUUUAAUGUCGUAAAAACGAAGGAACUGGUUGUGGAUUACAAGAGGAAUGGAGACAGGCUAACCCCUACAGACAUCAAUGGAUGUGGGGAUGAGAGGAAGGCAGGUGUUGGUGACAAAUAGUGGUAUGAUUCCAGUGAGUUACAAUCAGAAAAUGGCCCCAGGAAAGAGUAUCAAGUACUUGGAUCUGGUGCUGUCAUGUGAAUGGUCAGAUUGCACCUUUAUUGGGAAGACAAUGGAGGAGUUCUGUGAUCAUAUUGCUGCACAUCUGAAAGAGCAUCUUAAUGAGUAUGACAGUUUUGGCGAAUUAGAUGAGUUCCAGUGCCUUUGGCGAGGCUGCGGUUUUCUGGCAGUGGAAGGGCCCAAUGAGCUGGUGGUACACGUCAACUUUCACAGCUAUCACGCCAAGCUGAAACACUUUGGUUCGGAGCUGCAACGACUACGUCCUGAUUUGCCAGUGUGCUCCCUGGACAGUCAGAACCAAAAUCUGAUCCCAGAGAUUACAGAGACUUUCUUCUGCCAAUGGGAGCAUUGUGAUAGUACAUUUGACAAUCCAGAAUGGUUUUACCGGCAUGUAGAUAUGCAUGGACAGUGCACAGAUAAAGAAAUUCUUCCAAACAAAGGUGAAGCUAUUUCAUGCUGCUGGAAAGGUUGUGGUGCUACAUUCAAAAUCAAGUUUAAACUUCGGGAGCAUUUGCGGAGUCACACACAAGAGAAGGUUGCCUCGUGCCCCAACUGUGGAGGGAUGUUUUCCAACAAUACCAAGUUUUAUGAUCAUGUUCGCAGGCAGACCUCGAAUGAGCAGAAGACGUUUUCCUGUCAACACUGUGACAAGCAGUUUGCAAAUGAAAGACUGCUACGGGACCAUGUGCGGAAUCAUGUGAACCAGUUCAAAUGCCCACUAUGUGAUAUGACCUGCACUACUUUCUCCUCGUUAAGGACCCAUAUCAAGUUCCGCCAUUGUGAUGAGAGGCCAUAUGGAUGUGACUUCUGUGAAAACAGUUUUAAGAAUUUGUAUGACCUAAGGAAGCACAUUGAAACACACAAUGAUGAGCCCACUUACCACUGCAGCUCUGAAGGGUGUAAUUUUAGUGCUCGCAGUGUGCAAACGCUUAAACAGCACUAUAGAAGAAUACAUGAGGGGGAAACAAAGCCUCGAUAUAAAUGCCACAUCUGUGCCAAAUGUUUCUCCUGGGCCUACACCCUAACAAUGCAUCUCCGCAAGAUGCACCAGCUGAAGUGGCCUUCUGGGCAUGCACGAUUCAGAUACAAGGAGCAUGCAGAUGGAUACCUGCAGCUGCAUAUGGUCCGUUAUGAAACCGUUGAGCUGUCACAGCAAAUCAUCAAGGACCUAGAGAAGAGACAUGGGCGCCGAAGGAAAGCAAUUGAUACAUGUCUUCCAGCACUGGACUCCUGCCAUAAGAUACUUUCCAGGAAACCUACAGCUGGAAAAGCAGCAAGAGAGGAUGACUAUCUUGCUUCAGCUGCCCAACUGAGAUGUGCCAGGCAGCAGGAAACCAACCCGCCAGCUAAGCCCACGUCCAAAACAUUGCCGUCAAAGCACAGUGACUCUUCACAAACCUCCAAAGUGGGUGAGAUGGAUAUAGGUGUUCCUGGAAGAGACUCCUCUGUCCACUGUGUUCUCAGAAAUGUAGCGCAGAUGGCACCAAAGCCAGCUACUGUCCUUGAGAGAAAUGAUGACAGUUCCUCCCUAGACCCUGUGGAAACACUGGAGAAAGUAGCACGGGGCCUUGGGAUUCAGAUUAUUGGGUAGUCAUGGUUGCUGGUGGUGAAGCUGGAAAGCCUUGGUCACCAAGUUCUUUCAGAAAUAGUUGCUUGAAGAGAGAGUGUGAACUGGUGGAGUUAUAUUUAAUAGGAUCCUGCUGACACUUUGCCAUCAGAAAUGCAUGGCUGUUGUUUGCUGUGCCAGGUGCUUUAGAGAAAUAUCAACUUUUUAUCCCUUCUGUUUCACAGUGCUGAAGUUUAUUUGUCCAAUGUGCUUGAGAGAAUGAGCUCUAGAUCCUGUUUCUUAAUUUAGGCAUGUGAGGUUUAGACAGACCAAUGUAACAAGAAUGAGGGAAGGCCAAAUGAAACUAGUAAGAUUAGGUGGGAUGUGAAAAAACAGUUAGAAAAGAUAAUGACUGUGAUGAGGAUAUUGCCUUUUUUGUCUCUGUUUCCUUUCUUGAAUUGCACAAAGUUUUGGAAUAGGUGUUAAACUGGGUUUCUGGGGAGACUUUAAAUCGCAGAGCCAUCUCCUCUCAAUACCUGCUGCAUGCACUAUCGUACGUAGGUUCAUUUAUUUCCUCUAAGUACAUGAUGUUUAUAAACCAGCAAAAAAAGUUUCUUUGCCUUUUAGUAAUGGGCAUGUUACUGUCUGACUGUAGAUCAUUCUUUCCUCAUUCUUGUUGGGAAGAGUCUUGGUUUUCAAUUAGAUUGACACUGAAGGGAUGACAGAAUUGGUUCAUCUGAUGACGGCCCUUGCCUUUAGAUAACCAUCUGGGGGCACCUGCUCUGAGGAAAAGUUGCUGACCUGAAAUGUUGGCUGCUUUCUCUUUCCACAGAUGCUGCUUGAUUAACUUCUUUCAGCUUUUCUGUUUUUGCAUCUGCAAUUUUAUUUGUUUUCUACAACCCACGUUUAGUUGCGAAGAAGUACUCUUGGAUAUUAACGUUUAAUGAAGAGUGGCCCAAAGAAAGACAGAUCAAGUCAGUCUUCUCAUUACUAUAUCCAGCCAUUUCAUUUUUAAAAGAUCUUUUGCCUUGAUCAUAGCAAUAGCCGUUCUCCUGAGCAAUUGGUUACAGCUGUUGAAAAUCAAAAAAAAAUUUCAGAUGCUAGAAAUCUAAACUGAAAACAGUAAGUGUUAUAAAUACUCAACAGGUCCAGCCUGUCUGUGGGAAAGAAUACAGUUAAUGAUUCGGGUUUAAGACCCUAAUGUCAUUUGUGAUGAAGGGUCUUCAAAUCUUCAAACUGAAAUGUUAACUCCUGUUCUCUUCUCACAGAUGUGGCCUGGUCCUGAUUAUUUCCAGCAUUUACAAUUGCACUUCAACUCAAACCUUUGUCUUCUCUUUUAUAUCUUGUUUUUGGAUUAUCCCACUUAACUGUUUGGUGUUUUAAAAAAACAGGAUGCUGGAAACACUGAAUAGGUCAGGAAACACCUGUGGAAUGAGACAGUUAAUGUUUCAUGUCCAGGAUCCUUAAUCUGAAUAUGUUUUGUAUCUCCAGAAAAUUUCUCUGAGCCAGUGAACAGUGAAAUAAUUACUAUGCUUCAAUGACAUCGCCUUUCCCCCAUUCUCUAUCACAAAUAUUUUAGUCCAGAAAGCACACCAGAAACAUAAAUGAUGUUAUUGACAUAAAUGCCUUCUGAGACCAGUAAAGACUGAGUGUGUACACUGCUAAAUGGAUUGUUCUGUCCCCUAGUAGAAACCAGUCUUAGAGAUCUGGCUCAGUGGUGAAUGGGCAGUGUUGCCUUAUGUGUAUUUUAAUGGAGUUUUAAUGAAUAUUUCAUGAUGGGCUCCACCUAUUCUAGUGAGGAACAUAGCUCAAACUGUUUUUAGUUGUACAAUCAAUAAAUGAAACCAAAGGGAAGUCUUGGGUUUAUAAAGCCCUUUGUUUUUGAGCACAUUUAAGAUCUGCUAUAGGUCUGAAAGCUGGGACCGGUGAGCAAUCCGAACUGUCGAGCAACAAUUAACAGCAUUGUACGCUCAGAUUGCUGCAUUUCAAAAUACCAUUGAUUAACACAAUUUGCCAGCAGUGCAGUUUUAAUGACGGAAAACUGCCUUACUCUCCUUGGCAUGUAUCAUCUUCCAUCCCGCACUAUUGUAGUUAACUCUUAAAUGCUUCCUCAAGUUCUCAUUUUACUUGGAAUAAGAACUGCCAGUCUUGCUGGGUAAUGGCUGUACACUCUGGAAAAGAAUGAGGCACAGAACAGUUGCAUCACAUUGUGAUAACUGCAAUGAUUGAAACCUUUGAAGCUCUAUUCAGUCUUGAAGAACAGACACUGACCUACUAAAGGCACUGCAGUUUUACCUGUUUUUAAAUCUCUCCCACCAACUUUACCAAGAUAAAGGGAUAAGGCAAGAGAUUAGUUACUUCAAGGUUGGGACAAAUCUUAGUAUCAGAAUUGCCUUGGAGAGCCCUGCAUCCAAUAACUUUGCACCAUCAGCAAGUUGAAACAAUUGUAUUUCUCCAAUAUAUAUGGCCUUGGUAAAGAAGCAGAAUCUUUUUAAACCAUACAUCAUUUUCUUGCAUGCUGCUGAUGGUUUGGUUUUAAGCAUAAGGACAGUUCUUGUUUCCAAGGGAGGUUGCUGUCAAGUUCCUGAAAUCCAGUAGGUGACUGGGACCAGGAAUGGGAAAUGGAAUCCCAGCAUUUUUUAAAUCUUUGCUUACCAACACUGCCACCUCAUAGAAUGCUAAUGGAACAGUGAGUUGCAGUUAUUUGGGAAAGAACUGAGUUCUAUUUUAACAUUGGGGUUUUGAUGUUUCGUUUUAGAUUUUAAAGAUUUGUGGAUAAUUCGCUGAGGAGCUAAAGCUAUCUGUUUAUAAAUAGGAGAAAAUGCAGAGCCACUUCCAAAUUUAUCACUAAAAAGCAUAGGUCGAGUUUAUAGACUCUAUUCUCUACUACUGCCUUGCAUUAAAUUCCGUAUGUAAAUACUCCAAAGUAAUGAAUAACUGAAAUUUUCCAUCAAAUGGAAAAUUUCUUGCACAGCAAAAUAAAUUUGGAGUGUUUGUUUUAACUUGAUGUUUGGUCAAAUGAAUAAUUUGUAAACUGUUGUAUAUGAUUUACAGUGGGAGUUUAUUAUUUUUAUUUUUAGGUUUCCACCUUAUGCAGUUUUGUUUUAUCACUAGUUUAAAAUCUCUGCCCUCUAAUUCUGGAAAACAUCCAGUAUUUUAAAUGAAAUUGUUGUAAACAUGUGUAAUGGCAACAUUGGUGUUGCUGAUGUUGUAAAGACUCACGCUAUGGUGGGAAUGAAUUAAGAAUGUUUAAAGUACAGUGCCCUGUAAAAGUAUUUAUCCCCCAACCCUUUGUUCACAUAAAUAAGUAUUACAACCAGAGAUUUUGAUUAAUUUAGCUGAGAAUUUUUAUUUAUGAAGCGGAUGUUCUUUUUCACAGUAGAGCCCAAAUAAACAGGAAAAAUUAUAAAACAUGGAAAAAGUUCAAAAGCUGAAAUGUCCAAAGUAUUCAUCCCUCUUUGUUCAGUACUUAGUUGAACCACCUCUCGCAGUUAUUACAGCCAGUAGUUUUUUUGUUAAGUCUUUAUUAGCUUUGCACAACCUGUUGGACCAAGUUUUGCCCAUUCCUCGCAAAAUUGCUCAGGCUAUGCCAGGUUAUUUGGGGAGCAGUGGUGGACAUCAUUCUUAAGUGCUUGCCAGAGAUGUUUAAUUGGGUUAAGGUGACUGGGCCACUAAAGGACAUCAAUUUUCCUACUUCAAUAUGUUAUAAAUUUAGAAAAUGAGACAGUAAAAUGUGAAAAUAGUUCUGGGGGCUAAAUACUUUUUCAAGGCACUAUAGUUAAAGACCAUUUAAAAUGUUCUGGUUUUCGUAGGAUUUUGUUGUUAUAUUUUGCACUGGGCACAGCCAGGCUAACGUUGUUGUUUAACAUGAUUCAUCUCAAGCUGACUGAAGUGGGAGUGUAUUUUAUUUGCCCACGUAGCUGGGAGCCUCACCUAGAAGGAGCAUCAUUCUACCUGGCCCAACAAGUGCAGACUUGUUAAUGUUUAUAUAUGCAAUAGCUGUUCAAUUAAAAAUAUUUGCAGUUUUUAUUUGUAGUUCCAAUUAGUGGUUAUGUUGCAAAUAAAAAAUAUCUCU